UAGUCUCUUCUCUAUUGUCCCAUAUUGCACCAUCUCCUUAAGAAAAAAAAAAGAAGAAAAAGGGUUUAUAAUACAUGAUGACGUCAUCCCAUCAGAGCAACACCACCGGCUUUAAACCACGGAGGAUCAAGACGACGGCGAAGCUACCACGUCAGAUCAACAACAAAGAACCAUCUCCGGCGACGCAGCCGGUACUCAAGUGUCCGAGAUGUGAUUCAGUCAACACCAAAUUCUGUUACUACAACAACUAUAGCUUGUCUCAGCCACGUCACUACUGCAAGAACUGUCGCCGGUACUGGACACGUGGCGGCGCCCUCCGUAACGUCCCCAUCGGUGGCUCCACUCGAAACAAGAACAAGCCUUGUAGCCUCCACGUCAUCUCUUCUCCUCAUUUGUUCUCGAACGUGACGUCAUCGUCGUCUCACGAACUUGUAAGAAACCAUCCUACGACGGCGAUGAUGAUGAGGAGUUCCGGUGGAUUCUCCGGCUACAUGUUUCCGUUGGAUCCUAAUUAUAACCUUGCAUCUUCUUCCAUCGAGUCUUUGAGUACUUUUAACCAAGAUUUGCACCAGAAGCUUCAGCAACAAAGACUCGUUUCCAUGUUUCUCCAAGAUUCUCUUCCGGUUAACCAGAGACCGGUUAUGUUUCAGAACGUAGAGUUGAUUCCUCCUUCGACGGCGACGACGGAUUGGGUUUUCGAUAGAUCCGCCACGGGAGGAGGUGCAACAAGUGGCAAUCAUGAAGAUAAUGAUGAUGGCGAGGGUAAUUUGGGAAAUUGGUACCAUAAUGCUAAUAAUAAUGCUCUGCUCUAAUUACCAUUAUCAUUUACCAUUAUUUAGUCUCUAUUCUCUAAUAUUGUAGCUAGCAUGCAGCAGAAGCUAUAGCUGAUAAAACUAGUAAUAAUUUUCCCUUUCUUGUAAUUUUUAGCAUAAUAAAUUGUUUAAUUUCCA